UCAUCACCGUGGAUACUCGCGGGCAAACCGGCCCGGGUGCCACCCUCGGCCUACUCGGAGAGUCGCGUGUCGCCAACAACAUACGCGGAUUUUUCUCCAGCAGGAUCGGAAACGCGCUUCCGGACACAGGAUGGCGCGAAUCGAUCCUGUCACUGCCCAAGAAGCUCCUAUCGGGGACGUCCCUGGUGCACACAAAUUCAACUUCGGCUGAUAAUGAGGUUCAACUCCCAAAACUCCCAGUUCCACCAUUAGAUGUAACACUACAAAAGUAUGAAAAAACAAUGAGACCGCUCCUGGACCAAAACGAACAAGCCAGACUAAAAAAAAUUAUAGAAACAUUUGGUGGACCUGGUGGUCAUGGAACAAAACUUCAGCUAUACCUUGAGGACAGAAAAGAAAAGAUGGACAACUGGGCUUAUGAGUAUUGGUUAAACGACAUGUAUUUGAACUAUAGAGAACCACUUCCAAUAAAUUCCAAUCCAGGUAUGGUAUUUCCACCUAGGAAAUUCACCACCAUCUUGGACGUUGCUCGAUUCACAGCCAGACUCAUAGACGCAGCUCUUGACCAUAAGGAAAUACUUAACGAAAAUCGCCUUCCUUUGGAGAAGGCUACUUCAAGGGAACCAGGACAACCACUUUGCAUGGCACAGUACUACAGAAUCUUGGGUUCCUGCAGGAUACCCGGCAAACCAAGAGACUCGCAAUACAUAUCACCUAAGCCAAAGACUGGGGAUCAAAAUCCUGAACAUAUUAUAGUUAUAUGUCGAAGCCAACUAUAUUGUGUCCCGGUUCUCGCUUCCGACCGCGGAAGGUUGACCGAGGAUGAAAUAUGUGCCCAACUACUCUAUGUAUUAGAUGACGCUCCGUGCCUGUCGAAUCCUCCACCCAUAGGUCUCCUUACCGGUUGGAAAAGAAGUCUUUGGGCCGAAGCUCGCAGUGACUUGCUGAAAGAGGAAAGAAACUCAAGAAAUAUCGAACUUAUAAUGAAAUCGUUGUUGGUGGUUUGUUUGGAUGAAGGACUUCCCAACACUUUUAACUGUAGACUCCAGAGAGGUGGUCAAGGACACACCACAUCAGGAAGAGAUGAAACAAAUUUGGCUCAUCAAAUGAUUCAUGGAGGGGGAAGUACUCACAAUUCAGCGAACAGAUGGUUCGACAAGACUAUACAAAUAGUCAUAUCUGGUGAUGGCGCUUGUGGUUUAUGCUAUGAGCAUUCAAGUGCUGAAGGAGUUGCUGUGAUUCAGCUUGUCGAAAAAUUGUGGCAACACGCAGAUUCAUUACCAGCAUGUUCAGAGGUGCCAACAGCAUGUGGCAGUCACUUACCACCUCCAGAACGUCUAGAAUGGAGUCUGGAGCAAACCGACUUUAAGCGAAUAGAAAAUGCUGCUAUAUAUCUGGAUAAUUUGAUUAAAGAUCUAGAUUUUCAGGUAUACAGAUAUGUUGGUUACGGAAAGGAUUUUAUUAAAUCAUGCAGAGUUAGUCCUGAUGUAUACAUUCAACUUGCUCUGCAAUUAGCUUACUACAGGUUGUAUGGUAAACUUACAGCAACAUACGAGAGCGCGUCAACUAGAAGAUUUAAACUUGGAAGAGUCGACUGCAUUAGAUCCGCUAGCCCCGAAGCUUUGGAGUGGGCUAUGGCCAUGUCACAGCCGAAGGAUGAUCAAAACGAUAAGAAAGUUACAUUCCAUCUUGUCAGCGAUGAAAGGAAAUUGGAACUCUGGAAUGAAGCUGUUAAACAACAAACCACAGAAAUGAUUGACAACAUUCUAGGACAAGGCAUUGACAUACACUUAUUAGGUCUGCGUGAAGCUGCAAGAGAAACAUCUCCUACUGCUGCAAGUCCACUGCCAGAAAUCUUCACGGAUCCUACAUACAGGAUAGCAAACAAAUUUCAAUUAAGUACAAGUCAAGUCGCUACAAGCACCAAUAGCUUUAUGGGUUACGGACCUGUGGAACCCGACGGCUACGGAGCUUCUUAUAACCCGAAAUCUGAUAGUAUAAUCUUCUGUUUAUCUGCUUUCUGGUCCUCUGAGAUUACAAGCACUUCUAGAUUCGCACAGUCCUUAGAGGAAAGUCUUAACGCUAUGCAGACCCUACUCAAAAGACCGAAUUAGAUAUUUUUUAUAUUAAAAAAGUUAUUUAUACAAUUUAUUGUUAUGUUUUUAAAUGUUGAAAAUAAUAUUCAAUUUGUUAUUAACCACAAUCAUAUGUACCGUGGUUAAUUUGUUGAGUUUUUAUUAGAUAUUUUAAAUAUUGUUGAACCAUCAGUUGGGCCUAAUUACCUGCAAUAGGGAACAUAUUUUUCUUUACUCGUUACUUUAAAUACAUAUCACCACUUUUACGUAUAAAAUAAUUACUUAAAAUCAAAAUUUUGAAAUUUAUGGUAUUAAAAGUCAGAGCUGAAAGGCAAUUAUAUAUUAAUUUUUCAAUUAAAUUAAUGGAAAGUAUUAUAUGUCGUUUUAAAACUGAAAUUAUUAUAGCAUUCUUAAUAUUUAAUUUCCUAAAAAAUAUUUAAAAAAAGUAUAUAUACAGACAUUAUUGUGAUAAUAUUUAAACGCUUAUUUGUUUAUCAACUUUCAAAUAUAUUAUAAUCCAAAUUAAAAUUACUUUUCACAUACAUAUUGCUUAAUUGUUAAUUAUUAUAAAAUAGUUAUGUUAAGUUUCAAAAUUUUUUAUUCUCUAUAUUAUAUAUAACAAAUUAUUUAUUAUAUUUCACAAAAAUUAAAUAUUACAUAUGUACAAUCCAUGAAGUCAUGGAUACAACCAUUAAAAUUAUCCAUGAUAUUUAUUAGUUUACACUCAAUGCACAAUUCUCCUUUCAAAUCGUCUCAAUGUUUCAUAUAAUUCUUUGAUCUACUUUCUUAAAAUAUAAAGAUAUUAUAAAACAAAUUAUUAGCAGAUAAAUAAUAUACAUAUACUUGAAAUAUUUAUUUGUAAAUAAAUUAUAUUAAAUUCGUUUACUAUGCUUAUACAAAGACAUAGCUGUAUACACAAUAAUUUAAAUUUAACAAAUGGCCUUCAAAUGGCAUAUCACUACAUCUGUCAAUCUAAGUAAAUGAACAUAUCCAUUUCUAAAAUGACUGAUGUAUUUAUAAAAUUUUGGAAAUGGACUGCCAUGAUAUAAUUUGUAUUAUAUACUUGUUACAUAUAAAGAAAUAUAUUAAGUAGAUGUAAAGUAUAUGUGAAGUUGGUGAAAGUAUUUAAAAUUUCAUUUUUGGUACCUACCAAAAUAAAUUUUCUCAAAAACGUUUGCAAAUAAUUCUCAAAUCAACUUAGAUAUUCACUCAUAUUUUAUUUACUUUCACCAUAAUCGUGUGCAAUUUUUAUUAAGUAUGAUUGUAAAAUGCAUUAAAUGGUUGAACGUAGUCCAAAUGUACCAUGUAGAUUCCUACAUAUUUUUGUGUAAAUAAUUAAUAGACAAGUCGUGUAUUAGCAAUAUUAAAAGAAAGCGUAUAUUUUUCCCAAAAUCGUAUUUACUGUACAGAUAUGAAAUAUUCUAUUAAUUUCAUUCCUCUGAAUAGGCUAGAGAGAUUUAUCUACUAAAUGUCCCAAAAUCUUUCAGAAAAAUAUAUUCAAUUCGGUAAUAAUCAUUUCCGUAUUAUGUAAUAUUUAUUAGUAGACAAAUUUUUCGAGCAUCUUCUCUGUUUCUUUUAAACUCUGCUGAACCAGCUUUAACUUCAAAUAGUUUUAUUCAGUUUUUAUCCACAUAUGUAUAACUAAAUAUUAAAAUAUGGGACAAGUCUACAAAAUUGAUUUAAAUAUCGUUAGUAAAACUUUAACUUAAUUAUUUCAGAGAUUACGCAGUUGUACAUAUUUAUUAAUGACCACAAUAUGUACCUAUAAUGUCAUCGAGUAACGUACAACGAUUGCUUAAAAAUGCUUUCUCGUAAAUUUAAAUUAAUUUUGUAAAUAGUUCCUAAGUGAUUAUGCUUCAUAUAGUACAUGCUUGCUGUUGAAUUCGCUGUUAAAUUGUUAAAAACAUUCGUUGUCACUAUGCAGUGAUGCCCGCACAGUAUAUCUUGUCCAUAACAGUAGUCAGUAAGCAAUGUAAUAUAACACACUAUGUUGUAUGUUAUCUGGGUAAACGACUGGUAAAAAUGGUGAUUGUAAAAUUUUGUUCUCAUAUACUCUAUAUAUAUAUAUUUCAAACUGCAAAUACACUUAAAAGAUUUUUUUAUGGGAAGAAAUCGCCAAAUAUUUGUAGUCUUUUAUAAGAUUUCUCACAUUUUUACCAGAUUACAUACUCCCCUCUAGUAGUAUUAAUUUCUAGUUGUUCUGUGAUACGUAUAUGUAUUAUGAAAUAUUUUUAUUUACCAGGAAUUGAGAUUUUUUAAUCUAAUUUAAUUAUACACUUUAAUAAACAUUAAAAACAAUUGUCAUGUUUUCAUGUGUAUAAAUAUUUAUGUAUCGUUAAUUUAAAAUACUUAUGAGUAUAAAACUUCAAUUUUAAAUUUGUUUUUAAUAUCAAGAACAUAUCAUUAGUAUUAAAUGUAUUAUAGUAAUUAGAUGUCUAAUGUGAUAUAUUUCUGUCAAAGGCUAAAAUAUAAAGAUAUAGAUAUACUUGA